CACACACACACACACACACACAGGCCGGGGAAAAGGAGGAGGAGCAGGGCUCCCGGCAGCGCUGUCCUGACUGAAGUCUGCUGCUGGAGAGCCGGACUAGGAGACCUAGUGGUGCCCACACUGCGCUGCUCUGGACUUGACACAGGUGCUCGCUGGAGAGUAGGGGUUGCUGUUGUUGGAAUUACUCUUAUCUCCCUGGUUCUCAUUAGUGGAUACUUUUUGGGAUACUGAAUCAUGAUGACAUGUUGAGAUUUGACUUCCUGGCUCCCUGGCUGUUGGAUUUAAUCAUUGUUCUCCGAAAAAGAGUAAGGAUCAUCACUGUCCUGGGGUCCUGGCAUGGCACAGACAGGAGCUGACUACUUCAAUUAAACCAGGAUUUCAAGAAGAAGCCCAGGAAUACAUUGUACUUAAUCUCAGAAAGAACCCUAAUGUAAUCCUGUGUUGCCUAAACGAGCUGAUGGAUGAAGAUGAGAAAGACAGAGCAAAGAGGGCAUCACGGAAUAAAUCUGAGAAGAAGAGAAGAGACCAAUUUAAUGUCCUCAUUAAGGAGCUGUGUACAAUGCUGCAGGGACAUGGACAUCCCCUCAAAAUGGACAAGUCCACCAUACUCCAAAGAACCAUUGACUUCCUGCAGAAACAGAAAGAAAUCACAGCACAGACGGAGGCCUGUGAAAUCAGGCAGGACUGGAAACCUUCCUUCCUUAGUAAUGAAGAGUUUACCCAGUUGAUGUUAGAGGCCCUGGAUGGCUUCCUUAUUGCACUUACCACCGAUGGGAUGAUCAUUUAUGUUUCUGACAGUGUAUCAUCUCUCCUUGGUCAUUUACCGUCAGAUUUGGUGGACCAAAAUAUAUUGAAUUUCCUGCCGGAGCGGGAACAUGCUGAGGUGUACAAGUUGCUGGCACCACACAUACUCAUGUCGGAACCAAUCACUGAAGAAUUUUUCAACAAUGAAAAGCAAGUGGAGUUCUGUUGUCACUUAGCAAGAGGAAGUCUAGAUCCAAAUGAACCUCCCACUUAUGAAUAUGUGAAAUUUGUUGUAGAUUUUAAGUUUUUUACACACGUGCCUACAUCUUCAUAUAAUGGCUUUGAGUCAGCCGUUGCAAGGGCAUUCCGGUCAGCCAGUGAAGAACAUAUAUGUCUUGUAGCUACAGUCCGUCUUGUCACUCCACAAUUUCUGAAGGAGCUGUGCAACGUAGAGGAGCCAUGUGAAGAAUUUACAUCAAGGCACAGUCUGGAAUGGAAGUUUCUCUUCUUAGACCACAGGGCGCCGCCUAUUAUUGGCUACCUACCCUUUGAAGUGCUGGGGACGUCAGGUUAUGAUUACUACCAUGCAGAUGACCUGGAGCUGUUAGCAAGGUGCCAUGUACACUUGAUGCAAUACGGGAAAGGAAAAUCCUGUUACUACAGGUUCUUAACCAAAGGCCAACAGUGGAUCUGGCUACAGACGCACUACUACAUCACUUACCACCAGUGGAACUCCAAGCCAGAGUUCAUUGUUUGCACACACACUGUUGUUAGCUAUGCCGAGGUCCGAGCGGAGAGGAGGAGAGACCUGGGGCUCGAGGAGUCCGCUUUAGAACUCGGAGACUCAUCAAUAAAGGUCCAAAACACCUAUCUAGAUAUUACACAAUGCACAAAUAACCAGGAGCAGAGCAGGGAUGGAAUGUCUGUAUCAUCACACAGCUCCCGCAGAUCAUCUCACACAGCUCUCUCAGAUUCUGCCUCAACAUCAUCAAUGAGGCAUACAGAAGCCAGCACACCUUCUAGACACUCAAAGUCCUUAAGCCAACAGGAUGUACCACAAAUCAGACUGCCACCCACUGCAACCCAGCCUGUAGUACCUCCACAAGCUCCACCGGAACAUCUAGCUCCUCAACUCCACGUUACGCAAACAACAGUUCCAACACAAAAAGCUGUCUUGCCAGUGUAUCAUUAUCCCAACCAAAUGGUGAACCAACUGAAAGAGCAGCUGGAGGAAAGAACGCGGAUAUUACAAGCAGACAUAAAAACUCAGCAGGAAGAACUGCAUGUCAUCAAGGAGCAACUACAGCUAGUGCAGGAUUCCAAUCUGCAGAUGAUGAUGCAGCAGCCGAUCCCACUGGGAUUAAAUAAUGUGCAGCAUCCGGACCCGAGGAGGGUGUCCCGCCAGCAGGGUGUAGUGGCCAGGCAAGGUCUGGCAAUGGGAAAGAAGUCUCAACCCAUCAUGAGUUCCAAACGUUUUUGUGGAUCUCAAUUAUCCUCAAGUCACCAGUAUGUGACAUCCAACCAGAAUGCAACACACCAGCAACACCCUCAGACCCAACAGCACCGAGUACAGCAGCAACAAUUACAGCACCAACAGCAACUGCAGCAACAGCUACAACAGCAGCAGCAUCACCAGCAACAUUUGCAGAAACAGCAGCAGCAGUUGCAAAAGCAGCAGCAACAUCAGCAGCUACAGAAACAGCAACAGCAGCAACAGUUACAACGGCAUCAAAGGUUAAUGAGAGGCAAUCAGACACAGCACGCAGCUCUAUCCUUACAGACUCAUGGUAACAUUGUGAUGCCCCUAUACAACAACACUAUGAUGUUCUCACAAACUCACCCUUCUACUGUUGCUUCUUCACGGAUUCCAGCAGACAGUGUGGACAGAGGGCAGCCACCUGACUACACACAAGACAGGCAUUUGAGGUUUGUCCAGGAUCAGCAAAUGGGACCUCCCUCAUUGCAGAUGCAGCCAAUCACAUGCAGCGCAGUGAUUGCUGCUCCUCCACCCCCAGCGUAUACCCCUUCAGUUAUGAUCCCCCAGACUACAUUCGCUCCACAACAGACUCACACUGCACUUCAUCUACAUCACCUGCAGCAGCAAACAGUCCAGCCUCAGCAUCUCUACCUUCAGAUGCAGACUCCAGAAUCAAUGCAGGCAAACCAGUCCCAGCACAUGUUCCAGCAGCCUCACAUUCCACAGCAGACAACUAUGGGCUAUUUUCUGCAUCCGCAACAGCAAAGUCAGUCUGGCAAUAUAUCCGAUCUCCCAGAGAUGCAGCUCCCAUGACACAACAGCAAGGAGAAUAGGACCUUAGAAACCAUAGCUGUGCAACAGUAACUGAAGGGCUAAAGGGAGCCCAAUGUCUAGCCCAGGCCCAGCCCACAGGAGAUGGUGUUGAAGGGCUAAGUGUUCAUUGGAGACAGGCUGAGCAACAAUGGGCAAAAGAAGCAAGGGCAUAAAGCAACAAACCAAUAAAUUGGAUUCCCAGCUGCCUUUAUCAAGAACCAAGAAAAACUCUGAGUUCUAGACUAUACACCUAUAUACCAAAGUGUAUAUCAGGGGUUCUUCUCUGGACUGCCAAAGCUUACCGAACAAGUGACUAAGGACUAUUUUAAGAAUAUUCAUGUCCAGCAAAGUAUACUUGGUGAUACAGUGUCAUACAGAUAAUGUCGGUCAGUGUGGCAGUCACAAUAUAGCUAUAUUUAUCUAGAUAAAAUAACCUCAGGCACUAUUUUUCUGUACCAUAAAAGAUAAAUUUACUUAGCCAAUUAUUUUAAGACUACUUUUGUUUCAAAAUUGCUUAGAUUUGUGCUUCUAAACUGGUCAUCAGUUUGUCCAUAAAUUAAUCUGAAGUUUAAUGCCAAAGUGUACCAAAUAGCAAGAGAUAUAUUAUAGGAGCUCCAACCUACGGUUGAGUCCUGCAGGUAGCUUGUCUUCAUACUCCAGCCUGGUGCUGGUUGGCUACAGUAUAUAGCGUGAGUUUCCAGGCCAGACAUCAAAAGUUGAAUAUAUGUCCUUUAUAUGGCCUGGUUGUAUGGGUAUUUCCAGUAUUGUAAUACAGAUGAAUGCUGCAUUUACUGUAUGUAGGUAUGCAUCAUAUGUGUUCAUAUAUUAUUACAGGAGAUCAGAGUUUAAUAUAUAUAUUUAUUGCAUAGAUACGCGUUAUUUUUUGAAAAAUGUAUUGCAAGUAGAUGCACCCCAACACUCUAUACAAGUGAUGGGGAGCCUUUAGCGCUCCAGCUGUUGUUAAACUACACAUACCAGCAUGCCCUGCUACAGUUUUGCUACUUGGCUAUGCUAAAACUGUAGCAGGGCAUGCUGGGAUGUGUACUUCAACAACAGCUGGCGUGUCAAAGGUUCCCCAUCACUGCUCUAUACCCAUUCUAGCACAGAGAGGAUAGUAUCUGUUUAGCCGUUAGUUUUGCUUAACUGUUUUUACUGAGAGGUUAUUAAACAAAACUGACGCGCUGCUUAUGUGCUUACAUACCAAAGCAAAUGCAUGGGAUAAAUGAAUUACACAUGAAACUGUUCCUAGACUGCAGAAUGGGCAGCUUGGGGCAUGUUAUGCCAGUCUACCAGACUGAACAUCUGGGCACAACAUGCAGACCGUUUUUUUUAUUGUCUCUUCCUGUCUCAGAAAACAAUUAUCCACAGUUAGAAUGACUGCGCUAAUGGACAGCAAACAGUGGCAGCUUGUAAUUUAAGUGUCACUUUUACAUAUUAUGUUAUUUAUUUAUGAGACAUUUACACAUUUUGUAAAUACCCAGCUUGUAUUGUUUUGUAUCAAAAGAAAGGAAUAUAAAUGAAUAGCUUUGCUAGUUGGUAGGAUAUCUCUGGAAUACCAAAUGAUUUCAUUGUAGUGAUAGAUUGUUACUUAGCACAGACAGUCUAUAUAUGCCAGAGCCCUAUGAAAUGCCGCAAAAUGAUGAAUAAGGGCUAUAUUAAAGCACUGGUUACACUGUCAGUGUCGGACUGGGUUAUCGCCAGUAAAUCCAGACAUGGGCUAACGUAGUAUGACAAACACACAUACUUCACAACAGUCAUAAAUGAGAUAUUGCAGCAGUUUAGGCAACACCUGAUAACACUAAAUAACAGGACUGUUGGGUGGUAUGCAAAUACACAUAUUAUACACACUAAGCUACUGGAUUCUCAGAAUGUGAUAAUGAUUUUGCAGACGUCAGAGGAAAAUAAAGUCUCUUUAUUAACAUC